UUUCAUAAUAAGUGCGAUUUUCUAGAAUUAAAAAAUGGCGCCCAACGCUACAAGUAAUCUUAAACAAUCACCUCCUUGCCAGAAUGUUGAGAAUACAAAUACUAAAUCUUUGGAAAUCACAAAAGUUCUAUACGAAACAGAUGUUGAUCCAUAUGUAGAUGAAAAAUUGGCCGCUAUUGUUGAAACAACACCUACCACACCUCAAAGACGAAAACCCGAGUUAGUUUGGAGAAAUUUAAUUGCAUUUGGUAUAUUACAUGUAUCAGCUGUGUAUGGGGCAUGGUUGAUGUUUACGUCAGCAAAGUGGCAAACAAAUCUUUUUGUUGCAUUUUUGUACCUUAUUUCUGGCUUCGGAGUAACUGCUGGAGCUCACCGUCUUUGGGCUCAUCGUACAUACAAAGCAACGUGGCAGUUUAAGCUAAUGGUAAUUAUUUUCAAUACUGUAGCUUUUGAAGAUGCUGUCUACGAUUGGGCUCGAGAUCAUCGAGUUCAUCAUAAAUACGCUGAAACAGAUGCAGAUCCACACAAUGCUACCAGAGGAUUUUUCUUCUCACACAUGGGUUGGCUGCUGUGCAAGAAACAUCCCGAUGUCAAGGCCAAGGGCAAGAAUGUCGAUAUGUCAGAUCUUGAAAAAGAGCCUAUCGUUAUGUUCCAAAAGAAGCACUACUUGAUUUUAAUGCCAAUUGCAACCUUCAUCAUACCAACAAUCGUUCCAAUGUAUUAUUGGGAUGAGAGUUUCGUCAAUUCAUGGUUUGUGGCAACAAUGUUUCGUUGGUGUAUAUUCUUGCAUGCCACAUGGUUGGUCAAUAGUGCCGCACAUAUUUACGGAUACAAAUCAUAUGAAAAAGCAAUAAAUCCAACAGAAAAUUUUGGAGUAUCUGUUGUGACAUUGGGAGAAGGAUGGCACAAUUAUCAUCAUGUCUUUCCGUGGGAUUACAAAGCUGCAGAAUGGCCCGGAUCGUUGCUUAAUUUUACAACCUUCACGAUUGAUCUUUUUAGUAGAAUUGGUUGGACUUAUGAUAAAAAAUCUGUGUCUAAAGAAAUGAUUGAGAAACGUGUAAGAAGAACAGGAGACGGCAGUCAUCCCAUUUGGGGUUGGGGGGACAAGGAUAUAACCAAAGAGGAAAAAGAAGCUGUUAGAAUUGCAAAUCAUUAAUUUUUAUUUUGUAAGAAGUCAACAAAAAAUAAAACAAUACAAUAAUAAAUAUUUUUGGGUUCCCAAAGGGUCAACCUUUAAUCCUGAUAAGAAAUAAA